AUGGCUCCAUCAUGGCGCAUACUGAGUAGCUUUACGUUCAGCCUUGCAGCUCUCUUCAUCGUACAGCCUUGUCUCGUAGGUGCGCAAUGCGAUAUCCCGCCUCUUACGCUUACCUGGGCCAAUCUGAGCGUCACGCAAGAUGGUCUUGGUGUCGCGCGCGGUAUCGAACUUGGUAUUGGAACUCCACACCAGAUCUUCGCUUUCCGGCCGUCGACUACGCUCAACAACACGCGCAUUAAUAAUGUUGUUAACUGCGGUUCUGCGAGCAAUGAUAGCUGUAUUGGAGGUCUCGGCGGUGCUUUCGACUCGACUAAGUCAACAUCAUAUGCCGUAUCGAUUAAGAGUCAAUGGAAUGGUAGCCAGAUCGACGAUGAAGACGACACAGGUGGCUAUGUCUACUUUAACGAUGACGUCGCGUUUCAAGAAAAUGGUCAUGUUGAUGGAUUUCCGUUAGUGAUGGAUAGUGAGGUAUGGGGAGGUAUACAGUCCGGUCUGCCACUCGGCACGAACUCGUCAUUCCUUCGCGCGGCGGUCGCAGGUGGUGUCGCGCCAUCACAAGUCUUCGGUCUUUGGAGCGGCAGCAGAGGCAUCGAUCCACAUGACGGUCUGCUCGUUGUAGGUGGAUAUGAUCGCGCGCGGGUCGAUCCAGCGUCGAACUUCACCACUUUCCCAAUUGGCGAAUGGAGUCUCGAACGAGCUUGUCCUUUACAGGUCACAGUCACGAAUCUGACGUACCAGGACCGGCCACUCAUACCAGAUGGUAGCGAUGAGCUGAUCGCAUGUAUUGAGCCGUCGACACAACGUUUCGUGUUCCCUCCGGCGAUUGCGCAGGCGUUCGGCGUAUAUACUGGGCAAAAUGAGACUGCGUAUCCGGGUAAGAUGCAUUAUAAUGUGUCGAACCGUCCCAUGGGCGACCUCGUUGUGACAUUGGCAGGCGGCUACCAGUCAACCAUACCCAAUAAGGAGUUGUUCGCGCCACUACGUGGGUCUGAUCAGUACGGUCGUUAUGCCAUCACCAACGACAGCACGCUCGAAGCCUCGAUAUCGGAUACCCGAGCAAGCGACCCGGGGGAUGUGGAUAAUACUCUUGGGGGCCUCUUCUUAACUUUUAAUUACCUUCUUGUAGACUACGCGAAGAGCGAGUUCCAACUCGCUCCAGCUGUCGCAGCCGACGCGAAAGACGUGUCGCCGGACCCUACGGUGAUCUGCACGCCUACUAACACGACGCCGGCGAGUCCUACCCUAACACCUAAGAAGUCCACGAAUACAGGUGCCAUAGCAGGCGGUGUGGUUGGAGGUGUUGCGGGACUUGCUCUGCUUGGUACGAUCGGCUUUCUGUUAUUCAGGCGGAAUCGCCGCGCUAAGGAGCGUCCUCCCGUCAGCGAGAUCGACGGGCAGCCACAUUCACCUGUGCAACAAGUGUCGCGACAACCGUCGGAGAUGAUGACGCACGAAGCUGCACCCGUGCACGAGAUGCCUGCGACUCGAUACCCGAGCUUUCGAAAACCUGAAAGUAGAGGAUGGCGUUAG